GUGCUGGAUAGUUUACUAGUCCAGUAUGGAGUGGUGGAAAGCUGUGAGCAAGUGAACACUGACUCGGAAACUGCAGUCGUAAAUGUAACCUAUUCCAGUAAGGACCAAGCUAGACAAGCUUUAGACAAACUAAAUGGAUUCCAAUUGGAGAGCUUCACGUUGAAAGUGGCUUAUAUCCCUGAUGAAAUGGCUGCCCAGCAGAACCCCUCACAGCAGCCCCGGGGUCGCCGUGGAUUUGGGCAGAGGGGCUCAUCGAGGCAGGGGUCUCCUGGAUCCAUCUCCAAGCAAAAACCGUGUGACUUGCCUCUGCGACUGCUGGUCCCCACCCAGUUUGUUGGAGCCAUCAUAGGAAAAGAAGGUGCCACCAUUCGGAACAUUACCAAACAGACUCAGUCUAAAAUCGAUGUCCAUCGUAAAGAGAAUGCGGGUGCUGCUGAGAAGUCCAUUACUAUCCUCUCUACCCCUGAAGGGACCUCUGCAGCUUGUAAAUCUAUUCUGGAGAUUAUGCAUAAGGAAGCUCAAGAUAUAAAAUUCACAGAAGAGAUUCCCUUGAAGAUUUUAGCCCAUAAUAACUUUGUAGGCCGUCUUAUUGGUAAGGAAGGAAGAAAUCUUAAAAAAAUUGAGCAAGACACUGACACUAAAAUCACGAUCUCUCCAUUGCAGGAAUUGACGCUGUAUAAUCCAGAGCGCACCAUUACAGUUAAAGGCAACGUUGAAACAUGUGCCAAAGCUGAGGAAGAGAUCAUGAAGAAAAUCAGGGAGUCUUAUGAAAAUGAUAUUGCUUCUAUGAAUCUUCAAGCACAUUUAAUUCCUGGAUUAAAUCUGAAUGCCUUGGGUCUGUUCCCACCCACUUCAGGGAUGCCACCUCCCACCUCAGGGCCCCCUUCAGCUAUGACUCCUCCUUACCCACAGUUUGAGCAAUCAGAAACGGAGACUGUUCACCUGUUUAUCCCAGCCCUCUCCGUCGGCGCCAUUAUCGGCAAGCAGGGACAGCACAUCAAGCAGCUUUCUCGCUUUGCAGGAGCUUCUAUUAAGAUCGCUCCAGCUGAAGCACCAGAUGCUAAAGUGAGGAUGGUGAUUAUCACCGGGCCACCAGAGGCUCAGUUCAAGGCUCAGGGAAGAAUUUAUGGAAAGAUUAAAGAAGAAAACUUUGUUAGUCCUAAAGAAGAGGUGAAACUUGAAGCUCAUAUCAGAGUGCCAUCCUUUGCUGCUGGCAGAGUUAUUGGAAAAGGAGGCAAAACGGUGAAUGAACUCCAGAAUUUGUCAAGUGCAGAAGUAGUUGUCCCUCGUGACCAGACACCUGAUGAGAAUGACCAAGUGGUUGUCAAAAUAACUGGUCACUUCUAUGCUUGCCAGGUUGCCCAGAGAAAAAUUCAGGAAAUUUUGACUCAGGUAAAGCAGCACCAACAGCAGAAAGCUCUGCAAAGUGGACCACCUCAGUCAAGACGGAAAUAAAGGCUCAGGAAACAGCCCACCACAGAGGCAGAUGCCAAACCAAAGACAGAUUGCUUAACCAACAGACGGGCGCUGAACCCCUAAUAUCCAGAAUUACAUGCACAAGUUUUUACCUAGCCAGUUGUUUCUGAGGACCAGGCAACUUUUGAACUCCUGUCUCUGUGAGAAUGUAUACUUUAUGCUCUCUGAAAUGUACGACACCCAGCUUUAAAAUAAGAAAAUGAAAAAAAAAAAAAAGUAAUGGGGGAGGGAGGGAAAGAGAGGAGCUCCUCUGCACUUCCCUUUUGUUGUAUUCUCAGUGUAACAAAUAUUCUAAUUUUUCUUAAUAUACCCCCCAGAUGCCAGAAAUUGGCUUAAUAAUGCAUUCACUAAAUUCAUAAAAUAUAGAUUGCUCCCAAAUCCAGUUGUUAAAAUUGGAUCAGAAUAGAAUUACAGGAACUUAAGUGUUAAGCUAUUAGCAUAGAAAAGCCAUUCUCAGCUGUACUUGUACCUAACACUAACACGAAUAACCUAAGGGAAGUGCUGAAUGGUGUUGGCAGGGGUAUUAAAUGUGCAUUUUUACUCAACUACCUCAGGUAUUCAGUAAUGCAAUGAAAGCAAAAUUGUUUUUGUUUUUGGAGAAUUUUAUAUACUUUAUAAAGAUAAAAGCCCAACAGUUUUUUAAAAAACUUAAAAUUCAAUUAGCUGACAGGAAAAUAACUGAGAAAAAUUUUACUUCUGACUGGUGACAGUAAAGCUGGAAAAUUAAUUUCAGGUUUUUUGAGGCUUUUGACACCAUUAGUUGGAAAAUCCAGUAAACGUUCAGUGAUAUGGAGCAGUGCCUAUAGUUGGAGAGCAGCAAUACAGUUUAAGUUUUCAUUUAUGGUAGGGAACGUUCUUGAUGGUACUAACAGAGCAAAGUGGUUGCAGGAGGUUUUGGAACGGCUAGUUUAAAGGGCUUCAGAAGACUUCGGGUUUUUGUUUGGCUAUGUGGCUAAAAUGCUUUGUGCUUUAGACUAUCACUGCCUAAAGGAAGCGUGUCAGUGAAGAGGUGCAGCCCGUGGACUGUGAACUGACUGGCAGAAAGCAAGCUUCAGCUGGUCUUCCGGGGUGCUUAGUUUGCCACCACACUUCAGACCAGUUGGUCUAUGCUUGGAGCAGACCCCAAAAGAAUUGCUUUGUGAAGACCAAUGAAUGGGGCAUGCAGAUGGUGUGACAGUGUUAAAAGACACUGUACGUGCUCCAUCUCCGUGGGCUGGGCACUGUUAGGAGCCUCACUAAGCUACUUGGAAGAUUUUUAAACAAUGAUAAAUCAAGAAAAAUGUAAGGCCACCUAAAAUAGAACGUAUCAUACAGCAGGAUCUCUGUGUUCUCUGCAACCAAUUAUUUGGAAAUAAGUCAAAAAGUGGAGAAUACUAGAAAAACAGUUUUUUGGAAUAUAAUUUAAGUGACUGUGAUAACACAUUUGACCUUUGAUGUUUGAUACUAAACUCGCGUGCCCAUUCCUUAGCUGGAUGGCAAAGCCCGGUAUGUACAGUUAUGUGGGUGUGGGUGGUCUCCAAGGCCACGCUGCUCUCAGAAUUGUGUUGCUUUUGUUCAUAAAAUGAUCAGUCGUUACAUUACACUGAUCUGAAGAGCAGACAUAAUAACCCUUUAGAAAAUAUGGCCUCAUUUCUAUUUCAAGAUGAAUUUCUACAGACUAGGUAAGUUUUUCUGAAGGUCACUGUUAACAAUUAGACAUUUUGAAAAUGACUUGAAAUGUUUUCCUAAAUGUUUCCAGAAAACCAGUUUAUUUUGUAGUUUUAGCCAAAAAGUGCCCUUUGUCACACAAUUCAUCUAGCAUUCAUAAUUUUUUCAUAUAAUGAAUUGCAAAAAUAAAAUCAGACUGGCUUUCUUUUCUCAUGAGAUGUGGUUAGGCCAGAGCUCUUCCUCAGUGUUUGAUUUUUCCCAUAUUUGUUGUUGUUUUAUAUAUAUGUGUGUGUAUAUAUAUAUAUAUACAUACACACAUAUAUAUACACACACAGAUAGGUGCUGCAUUUAUAUCUGCUGGUUUAAAAUUUUGUCAUAUUUCACUUCUAGCCUUUUAGUGUGGCAAAUCAUGUUUUACUUUUAAUUAAGCAAUGGUAAUGGAGUAUCUAAUUCUGUAAUUGAGUUUUGUACUCACCGCACAUGGAUCAUUCCUCAUCUGUAAUGUGCCCCAAAUGCAGCUUCAUUUUCCAGAUACCUUGAUGCAGAAUAAAGUUUUUCAUUAUUAGGUGCA